AUGGGGGGUGAAAGAAGUGACACCUUCUAAGGCAUGAGCACUGACCUCCUUAAACUGGAGUUAUUGGAAGAAAUCCAUAUGAAAGACUUAGUACAAAUCUCAAUACUUGAAAUAAGACAAAAGGUAGUGGAACUGGAAGCCAAACUAAGUACUGACAACAAAAACAGUGAGUGGAAAACCUGUUAUGAGACACAGCUUGAACAGAAUGAUCAACUAGAAAAGCAAAUUGUUAGUCUCAGAGAGAAAAUGGAAAAAAUUCGUGGAAAUCCUUCACAUAGACUAUCUUCUAUUCGUGUCUAUGAGCGGAUGCCAGUGGAAUCUUUAAGUACAUUACUUAAACAGCUAGCAAAAGAAAAAAGGAGCCUUGAAAAUCAAGUGAAAGACUAUGUACUUAGACUGGAAGGAGAAUCAAAGGCUUACCACAAGAUCAAUGAUGAACGUCGUAUAUACCUAGCUAAAAUGUCUCAGGUCUCUGGCUCACACCAAGUUUCUAAAAGACAACCAAUGAAUCAACUGCAUAGAAUGAAAGAGAAUCCGGUGAAAACAGAAAGAUAUAAUCCAGCUAAUCAGAAAAUGGUAAAUGCCAAGAGAGGACCAGCAAAAAAGAUUACAAGAUCAAAUCAUCUUCCAAAACUCAAUCCAUAA